CCCCAUGUGCUGAAAGCCAGAGUCAGAAAGCAAAAGGGACUCUAAGACUUACAUUGAGCUAACAGGAAGACUGAAUUCACUCUCAAAUACUGCGACUAAAGCCGUUGGAAAAUGUGUAAAGGAUUAGCUGCCUUACCCCAAACCUGCCGGGAAAGGGCGAAGGAGAUCAAGACGAAAUUGGGCGUUUUACUGCAGAAGCCGGAAAAUGGCAUCGAUCUCAUCAUCCCCUACCCCGAGAAGACUGAGAAGAAGCCAGAGAAGCAGCAGAAGCCUACUCCGGAGGAGGCUGCUCAGUGGCGUGAGAGUCUGGACCGAGUCCUGAACAACAGCUAUGGUCUGGCAGCUUUCCGUAGCUUCCUGCAGUCCGAGUUCAGUGAUGAAAACAUUGAGUUCUGGGUGACCUGCGAGGACUUCAAGAAGAUCAAGAACCCCGUUAAGAUGGCCACCAAGGCCAAGAAGAUCUAUGAAGACUUCAUCCAGUCUGAGGGACCCAGAGAGGUGAACAUUGAUCACUUCACCAAGGAUGUUACCCUGAGGAACCUGGUUGAUCUCUCCCCAACAACCUUUGACCUGGCCCAGAAGAGGAUCUUCGCCCUGAUGGAGAAAGACUCCUUCAGUCGUUUCCUUCGGUCUGAGCAGUACCAGGAGCUCCUGGUUAACUAAGCCAGUGCACAGUCUGAGAAGCUGGGGUCGGGGAGGUUUCAAACAGCAGUUAGUACACAUGAAAAUAAUACGGAAUACAUUUUUGAAAUUAAAUAUUUCUAAUAAACUACCAUUGUCUCAGACAGCUCGAGAAAACAAAGACUUAUUUUUACAAAAUAUCCAAAAAAUGAAGGACACAACAAAUAUAUUAUAUAAUAUAAAAUUAUAUGAUAUAAUAUUUCCUUACUUGAAUGUAACUAAAGUGAAAGACUGCCUUUUGAAAUCACCCUAUACCUCCCCAACCAACACACACACACACACACACACACACGUUCUUGAACUUCUAUACAAGUGAGGACCUUCCAUUGACAAUAGGUAUUCCCUAUCAUCUUAAAGAAGUGAGGGUCUCCCAGAACAGGCCCCAGAAUGACCUCACUUGUCAAAAAAUGGCCUCAAAAACCUGAUUAGUUCUCACACAAAUGAAGAAAUACAGGAACACACACACACACACACACGCAUAUGUACACAUGGGGUCCACAUCAAAACAGACACCAAUGUGUUCCUAUGAAGAACAUAUAAUUCAAUCUUUUCAGUUAAAUUAGUUCUUGAACUUUUGAAUGCAUGCUUAAAAGUAUACUCGUGAAAUUAUCCCUUGAAAACAUUGUCUGACUUACACUUGUGCGUAAAGGUGUUGUUGUAGCUUUGCCAGACCUGUCUAGACAUAUAUAUAGUUUUGUGUAAAGUUUGACCACAUUGACUGCCAUUGUGUAGCAUACUCCAAGGAUGACUUUCUAACAAAGAGCCUUAAUGCAGGGCUGUUUGUGAUCAUUUAGAUAUCCUAAGCCUAAAAUCCACUGACAAUUAUAUGAAUAAUUAAUUUUAUUUAACUUUACUCAAUUGUGGUCAUGUCAUCAACAUGACACUAACCUAUGCCUAAAAAACGACCAUGCCUUAAUGUAACACUGAGACAUGUAGAUGGUUGAUUGUUUUGAAGCAAACUUUACUAGGGGUCACAUUGUGGUGGUGGGGUCAGAAUUAACCAAAUUCAAAUGUAACUAAAAUGAAAGUUUUCUUUUGCAGUUUUGCCAAAAUAUAGCUUGACCCCAAAAAGAAGUAGGUUACCUUAAAUAUACAGAAAUGGUAAAUCCCUUUAACACAAUAGGUAACCCUAAAAUGUCCCUCGGGAUGAAUAAAGUAUCUAUCUACUGUAUCUAUCUAACCCAGUUGGACCCUCCUUCUUUUUCCACAGACCUAAACCUCUUAUUCAGUUAGACGUCAGAGUGACUUUAAAGUAGCCUACUUUGUGGUUUUCCCAAGAAAUUGUUAAUAAUAAUAAUAAUACGUCAUGUUGAGUGCCUGGACAAUAUGACCUAUAACAUUUUCUGUCUAUGAAAGAAAUCCAUUGGGAAACUGUGAAUAGGACAGCUACACAGUUGACUGAUUCACUAAAAAAUUCCCAACAAUGACCAAAUAUUUUGUCAUUCAAAUAAAAGAACUUGUAACUAGUAUCAAUGCACGAGUAAUGAUUAUCACAUACGUCUCUUUUUGUUCUUUCUCUCACACAGACAGUAUAAUUUUCGAUUUUCACUAAACUCCCAUUUUUGCUGUGAUACAUUCUGUGAGAGCCGUCCUUGAGAACAGUGCUGGCUAGUUGGCUCAGUGGUCAAGCUCCUUGGCUACCACUAAACUGCAUGUUGCUAGGAUGGGAAAAUCAAGUCGGAGGGAAUCUGAAAAAAGAAGUGAACAGAGCAGCGGUUUUAACAGAGAAAGGUUUUUUCCUAUGUGAUAAUAAUACCAAAGUUGUAUGUGCUGUAUGCAUGACGAGUCGCUGGUUAUUGAGAAUCAUUUUAUUGUGGUUUUUCAAUUACAAGCCGUGGAACACAAAUCAAAACGUAAAGUCAUAAAGGAAAUGUAAGGAAAAGUGGCAUUUCAAUCAGACAAGUAAAUACAAAAUAGUCACAGUUUAUAAAUCUGACAUUAUGUGUACUUUUCACUUUUCUUAUUUUCCAGGUUAACCACAAGUUAUUAUUCACUACAUGCUGUAAAACACUGGUAUUCACCUAACUUACACUAAGCUGAGACAUAGACAGAGGUGAUGGUGGAUUUGGUGGUGUGCAAUGUUUAAGUGUCCUAAAUGUAUACAUUUAGUUGAACGUAGCAGUUAUAAAGAGUGGUUAUAUUUACUCUUUUAUGCUUUUUUAUAUUAAACAAAAGCAUAAUGUCUUAACCAACACAGGAAUAUUGUUAUCUAGAUAUUCAGCAUUUUAUAAGUCCUUAUUGUUCCCUAAAAUGCAAGUAUUGUGCACUAAUCAAAAACUAAAAGCAAAAUUGAUCAGGAGUGACAUACAUUCUAACUUGUAAACUUAUUCAUUGAUUAUGUCAAUGUAUAUUACUGUACAUUACUCAUUGGAACAAACAACAAAUCAAAAAAAAAAAAAAUCUGAGAGAUUUAUUUCAAUUUUAAACAGCAUCAAUAAGAGUUUAUUGUGGCACAGAUUAGCCAGUCUGGUGUCAUAACCUUAAUCAUCAUACAAAUCAACAAUCAUGUCAAAGAAAAUUCAAUAAGGGCUUUAACAGUGCUGAAUAUGCAUUAUUUGAUGUCGCCUUGCAUGUACAUUCUGAGUCGACCACAUAAAAAUAUAUAUGCAUACAAUUCCUGAAGAUGUAUUUAUUUUUGUGUGUAAAUAUCAACUAUUUACAACAAAUUGUGUCUAAGUUAUUCUUAAAAACAACAAUGGAAUCCAUGAUUCUUUGAAUAGGGAGAUGGCAAGGACUCUUCCCAGAAUCGUUUCACUGUUAUAAAAGAGGAAACACUUGA